CUGUAUGCAUUUCGUUUCAGUUCCUAACAGCAGUUGUGUGGAAAUGAGCUGCAGGAACAUGGCGAGUGCACAGAGAUACCAAGACAAGGUGGUGAUUGUGACUGGAGGUUCCAAGGGUAUCGGCAGAGGCAUCGUUAAAGUCUUCGUGCAGAAUGGGGCUAAAGUUGUUUUCUGCGCCAGAGGAGCUGAAGCAGGUAAACAUGUGGAGGAGGAGCUCAAUAAAGCGGGGCCGGGUGUGUGUCUCUUCGUGUCUUGUGACAUCUCUAAAGAAGAGGACAUUAAGAGGCUGAUCACCACAACCGUCGAGCACUUCGGACAAAUCGACUGUCUGGUGAAUAACGCAGGCUGGCAUCCUCCUCAUAAACCCACAGACGACACCAGCGCAGAGGAGUUUAGAGAUUUACUCAACCUGAAUCUGAUCAGCUACUUCCUCGCAUCCAAGUUUGCUCUUCCGUACUUGCGAAAAACACAAGGCAACAUCAUCAACGUCUCCAGCCUGGUGGCGUCUAUCGGACAGAAACACGCCGCUCCGUACGUAGCCACCAAGGGGGCGAUCAUCUCUAUGACCAAAGCCAUGGCUGUAGACGAAAGUCGCUACAAUGUGAGAGUUAACUGCUUUUCCCCUGGCAAUGUGAUGACGCCUCUGUGGGAGGAGCUCGCGGGCCACACAGCCGACGCAGCCGCCGCCAUUAAAGAGGGAGAGAACGCACAGCUGCUGGGGCGGAUGGGCACCGAGGAGGAAAGUGGACUCGUCGCUCUCUUCCUGGCCGCUGAUGCCACCUUCUGCACCGGAAUAGACCUGCUCCUGAGCGGAGGAGCCGAGCUCAACUACGGCUUCAAAAGUCAGAUCCCUUAAAAAUAAAAAAAUUUUUAAAAACACUAAUGUUUACAUCGUCUGAGCUGAUCCGUCUGUUUCUGCAACUCCUCAAGGUUCCUAUAAGAGCAUUGGAUGUAUUGAUUGUUUACUUUUUUAUGAUGAUAUUGUGAUUAUGUUCUCUCUUUAAUCAGAACAGGAAGUAAUACAGAGUUACUGAUGUGUGAUUGCGUUUUUAAAUGACGUUUUAACGCACUGGAUGUUACACUAAUGUUCUUUACUAACACGGUAAAAUGUUCUUCCACAUUCCUGAUUCUCAGCAGAGUUUAGACUGUACGCUUUUUCUGUUCACAACUGUGUCUGUUGCACCUUUUCAUUAUUUCAGAAAUGAAGACUUCGAUUAAACAUGUGGAAAAUAAAUGA